AUGAUGCAGCAGAAAAGAAGCCCCGUCUCUACUGAUCAAAGCAGUUUUAUGGACUUGAUGCCAAAAAGGCUAAAGAGUGAUGCACCUCUAACGUCUAAGGAGAAAAAAGAGAAGAUUAGUGAACGGAUUUCUGCCCUUCAGCAACUCGUCUCACCAUAUGGAAAGACAGAUACAGCCUCAGUCCUUCUGGAAGCCUUGGAUUACAUAAGUUUCCUUCACGAGCAAGUUAAGGUACUGAGCGCUCCAUACUUAUGCAGUACCCCUACACCAAUGAAGGAUGGAGAAGAACCAUGUAGCCUCAAAGCCAAAGGCUUAUGCCUUGUCCCGAUUUCAUUAACCGUUGGGGUCGUGAGCAGCAAUGGUGCAGACAUAUGGGCUCCCAUCAAAACUACACCCUCCGGUAACUCGAGAAGGUUGAUGUGGGACGAGGCCUCUGUGGUAACACAUAUCUGA